CAAAGACUACAGUCUUUGCACAUUUUUCGGGGUGAAAAACACCAAAGACUACAGUCUUGGCACAUUUUUCAGGGUGAAAAACACCAAAGACUACAGUCUUUGCACAUUUUUCGGGGUGAAAAACACUCAAUUAACUUCUGUAAAGCACGUUGCAAUUUGAUCCGCAAUUUCUUACUUCAUCGCAUUGUGUCAAAGGUUUGAUUCAACAUUCAAUUACAGAUGUGACUUUUGUAACUUUAUUAAUGAAUGCGGCUUUACAAGACCAAUCAGCUUCGCAUGAAGAUUCUUCUAUAGUUGAGAGUGAAGCUGUUGGCGAAACUGAGGAUGAAAUAGUUGACACCGAUGCUGGUCCUGGUGAAACUAGUGAAGCUGAACCUUCAUUGUACAGGUGGUCUACUCAUUGUGUACUUUUUUCUUUUGGAGACAUACAGAUCUAUGGAAUCCAAAUUCGACUCUGGAAAGUAUUCCCAGAAAAAACUUUGGGAAGAAGUUGCUCAAAUUUUAUGUGCUGAGGGUUAUAGUACUGUCACGGGACUCCAGUGUGCUACAAAACUAAGAAGCCUUGAAAAAACCUAUAAGUCGACGAAAGACCAUAAUAACAAAUCUGGCAAUGACAGGAAAACAUGGCCAUUUUAUGAGAUCAUGGAAGAAAUAUUUUCCAAAAAGGCUUGGUGCAAUCCUGUUGCUGUGGCAUCAUCCACUGGGCUCUGUGUACAGCAGCCAAAAGAUACCGCGGAUUCUGACAAAUCAUCAAAGGCUACAAAUGGUGCUAAAUCUUCACUGGCUAAAAGACUGAAACAAAAAGAAAUACACGAAGAAAAUAGAAACAAAAGACGUAGAGAACAAAUAGAAAUGGACGCUAUAUUUCUUGAAAUUCUCGAAAAAUUAUCAAAAUAAUAAUACGGUACUUGUUUUACUAAUGUUUUAUUUUUAAGUUACAAUCAAUUUUCAUAUUUAUGUACUUCAUUUGAAAAGUUUAUUAUUAUUUCAUAAAACUUGUUCCUACUUCUUGAAACGUACUUUAUACAAUUAACUGUAAGAUUCGCAAUACUUACCUAAGACUGCUACGAUAUGAACUAUGGCUGUGCAAGUAAAAUAAACAAAUUGCUUUUAUAUUGAAA